AUGAGGGCUUCACUAGCUGCGGCCUGGAUGACAGCAUCAACCCAGCUCAUAGGAAUACCCACGACUCCAUACAACCAGUCUGGAAAUAGCACCGUCGCUCUUCAUCACCUAAAGCAUAUUGUCGUUGACAAGCGGUUUGCGCAACAUCGAGAUGGUUCCGGCCUAAGUCUGAUUCCACCAACACUACGUGAAUUUGCCACCACGUUUGCAGAGGAUCUCGAAAAUAUCCUCGGAAUCCGUACGGUUGUGCUGGAGGAUGCCAAGAGCAAACCCAAUGGCAUCUUCCUCACCCUUGGCGACGCAGAUACCUAUCUUGACGCUGCGGGGCGGCCAACAUCGGAAGGCUACACCCUCAGAGUUGAUGAGUUGGGCAUUACCAUCACGGGGGCAAGCCCUUUAGGAGCCUGGUGGGGAACCCGGACCGUUCUUCAACAAGCCGCUAUCCAUGAGGGUGCACUGCCGAUGGGCACUGGUAUCGAUGCCCCGGGCUGGUCAACGCGAGGCAUGAUGCUCGACUGUGGGCGACACUUCUAUCCGAAAGAGUUUCUGAUCGAGAUGUGUUCAUACAUGUCCUACUUCAAACAAAACACCUUCCACCUACAUCUCAUGGAUGAUGUCGGCGGAGUUAAGAAAACGGACAACCUCCAGGGCAUCUAUGCAAGACUCCGCCUCUGGUCAAACGGUGAUGCGGUCAAGGGACUUAACAACCACCCCAACGAGUCAUAUACACGCAGAGAUUUUGACGAAAUUCAGGACAAGUGUGCCGCACGUGGAGUGGCCAUCUUGCCCGAACUGGAAUCGCCCGCACAUGCAAUGCCCAUAGUUCAGUGGCGCCCCCAGAUCGCAUACCAAGGCGACGUGAGUCAGCUGAAUAUCUCACACCCCGAUACGGUUCCUACAGUACAGACAAUCUGGAAGGAGUUUCUGCCGUGGUUUCACUCUAAAGUUGUGUCUAUCGGCGCGGACGAGUAUCGAGGACCGAAGGACGACUAUAAGAAAUUCGUCAACAUCAUGGAUAGAUUCAUCAGGGAGGAGUCGGGCAAGUCCAUUCGAAUAUGGGGCACAUUUCCUCCGCAAAAAGGCAAGCCGUCGAACAACGAAAUCUCUCCGAACGUCUCGAUCCAGCACUGGGCUUACAGCUUUGAUAACCCGCUGAACGAUUACAUAAAGAACAACUACUCGGUCGUCAACUCGGAUGAGAUGUUCUAUAUUGUGCUCAAGACUCGCUACUAUAGCCGCACCGUUAACACUUCUAUAACUUUCCAAGGGGAUCCGAGCACUCAUGGGCCAUGGUAUCCGUAUAUCUUCAGCUUGAAGAACGCAACAAACAACCCCCCGCGCGACGAACCUCUUGUUCAAGGUGCUAUUGCGCCGUUGUGGAAUGACCGCGUCUAA